UAGGUUUCCAUUGUCCUCGCUUCUUCGUUGAAUUCACCAUGUUCCGAACAGUCUUUCUUUCGUCGAGAGCCGUUCUGCGCUACGCAAUCUCCAAAAGUAGCACCAGACAUCUUAGGGCUUCGUCGUUUCAGCAAGACUCUUUAUCUCAAGUCAUCCGAGUCUAUUCACCAUCAAUUUGCACCUUUCAACGUUCAUUUUGCAGCGCAGAAGAAAACACAUCCGAAAUGUCUUUCAGAGAUCGUAAAAGUGGUGGGUCAGAUUUCCGUGGAGGAGCUCGUGGAGGGGGUUCUUCCAGUUUCGGAGGUUCUAGUUUCGGAGGUGGUGGCAAUCGGGACUUUAAGAAGAUGCAACCCGGAGAGAAGCUACGUAAACCAAGAUGGGAGAUGGAUCGUCUUCAACCGUUCGAGAAGAACUUUUACAAGCCACACCCCAACUUGACUGUUAAGUCCGUUCACGACAUUGAACAGUACAGGGCUAGCAAAGAUAUCACUAUUCGUGGUAGGGAUGUUCCAUUCCCCAUCACUUCCUUUGAUGAAGCAAGCUUCCCUGACUACGUGAUGACUGAGAUCAGACGUCAAGGCUUCAAGGAGCCAACAUCUAUUCAGGCUCAAGGCUGGCCUAUCGCUCUGAGUGGAUCAAACAUGGUCGGCAUUGCCCAAACUGGGUCAGGAAAGACAUUGGCUUACACACUUCCAGCUAUUGUUCACAUUAACCAUCAACCCUAUCUUGAACCCGGAGAUGGACCAAUUGCCCUCAUUUUGGCACCCACUCGAGAAUUAGCUCAACAGAUCUCAUCCACUGCCAAGGAUUUUGGAUCAUCAUCUCGCAUUCGCAACACCUGCGUGUUCGGUGGAGCUCCCAAAGGCCCACAGUUGCGAGACAUUGAACGUGGUGUGGAGAUCAUGAUUGCAACUCCUGGUCGCCUUAUCGAUUUUCUCGAAGCUGGCAAAACCAACCUGCGCCGUUGUACCUAUUUGGUCUUGGAUGAAGCUGAUCGGAUGCUUGACAUGGGUUUCGAGCCCCAGAUUCGUAAAAUCAUCGAGCAGAUUCGACCGGAUCGUCAAACGCUCAUGUGGUCCGCUACCUGGCCAAAGGAAGUACGUCAGCUGGCUGAAGAAUUCUUGACAGACUACAUUCAGAUCAACGUUGGAUCCCUGACACUGUCGGCUAACCACAACAUUUUGCAAAUCAUUGACGUCUGCCAAGAGCAUGAAAAGGAAACUAAACUCAUGACCCUGCUUCAAGAAAUCGGUGCCGAAGAUGAGAACAAGACUAUUAUUUUUGCCGAAACUAAGAGGAAAGUUGAUAGCAUUACAAGAGCCAUGCGCCGUGAUGGAUGGCCGGCGAUGUGCAUUCAUGGUGAUAAGGCGCAACCUGAGCGUGAUUGGGUUUUAAACGAAUUUCGCUCAGGCAAAGCGCCAAUUUUAGUAGCUACUGACGUGGCUGCUCGUGGUUUAGAUGUGGAUGAUGUCAAAUUUGUCAUCAACUUCGAUUACCCCAACUGCUCCGAGGAUUACGUCCACCGUAUUGGUCGUACUGGCCGCUCCCAACGCACAGGAACUGCGUACACAUUUUUCACUCCCAACAAUUCCAAGCAAGCCCAGGAUUUGGUGAACGUUUUGACAGAGGCUAACCAAGUUGUCAAUCCAAAACUCUACGAACUCGCAUCUUCCAAUCGCGGUGGAGGAGGUCGUUCCCGAUGGGGAGGCGGUGGAGGCUAUGGUGGCCGUGGAGGAUACGGAGGUGGAAACCGAGGAUAUGGUGGCGGACAGUCUUACAACUCUGGCCGUUCUUGGGUGGAGCGCUAAGACGGACUUCAAACCUAGCACCGAUAUUCAAAACAAUUGUCAACCUAGAUUUUUUUUGAAUCAACAUUUAAUUAUUCCAAUUUAAACAAGUAAAAACGAGGAAGUCUCUUGGCAUUUUCAUAAAAUCCUGUCCGAGCACUAAAGCUCCGUUCCCGACACCACGCUUCAUCUUUUCGUUUUUGUAGGCCAAUAUUUUUUUCGACGUCUUUUCAUAUCUUUGGCAAUUACAUCAGCCAUUUCACUGACACGUUACAAUGUACUCUUAUGUUUGUUCGAGUUAACCGGAAUACAAAGUAAUCGUAACCA